UUUUGCCGAGUCUAGCGUUAGCGGGAAAUCGCUCGAAGGCAUCUCUCUCUCUCUAAAAUCUCCCUCUAAAAAACCUGCAAUUCAUCUCCUACCGAACAGGACGAGGCCUUCUGGUUUUCACGGUCUGUCUAUAUAAAGUGAAAGCCUUUUCAUCUCAAUUCCAGCAAGAUACUGCUGAGCUAGUUGGUGAUUUGGAUUUCUAGGGUUUUUUGUUUCUCUCUAUAUAAUGGAGAGUGGAGAGGCUAUCAGUAAUGUGAGAUCAGCUGCAGAGGCAGUCGAUGCACCUGAUGAUUCGAUUGCUUCCCUGCAUUCAAUUGAGAGCCUGUGUAUGCGAUGUGGAGAAAAUGGGAUAACCAGGCUCCUCUUAACUCGAAUUCCCCAUUUUCGGGAGGUUGUGUUAAUGGCCUUUGAAUGCCCACAUUGUAAUGAAAGGAACAAUGAAGUGCAGUUUGCUGGUGAGCUCCAACCUCGCGGAUGUUGCUAUCAUUUGAGAGUAAUGGGUGGUGAUCGCAAGAUGCUUGACCGUCAAGUGGUGAAAUCUGAUUCAGCAUCCAUUAAGAUUCCAGAGUUGGAUUUUGAGAUACCCCCAGAAGCUCAACGUGGGAAACUUUCAACGGUGGAAGGGAUUCUUCUACGAGCUGCAGAGGAGCUGCAAGCUUUGCAAGAGGAGCGAAGGAAGGUUGAUCCUGAGACAGCAGAAGCUUUGGACCGGUUUUUGAUUAAAUUGAAAUCCUGUGCAGAAGGAAAUGUGCCGUUUACCUUCAUACUUGAUGAUCCUGCAGGCAAUAGCUUCAUUGAGAACCUGUUUGCUCCCUCCUCUGAUCCAGCACUGACUGUGAAGUUUUAUGAUCGGACUCCCGAACAGCAAGCGUCUCUGGGGUUUCUUGCCGAGUCGACAGCUGGUGAAGAAGAGUCUGAGCCUCACGGUGGUGGUGAAGUUAGAAUAGAGCGAACUAAGAAAACGAAGUAUAUUCCUGCUGGAACAAGAAGAGAGUCUCAUGGUUCUAUUGGAGCAGAGGGUGGUCAUCGUGCAAUUGCUCAGGGUAACAGUGAGGAAAUUGCUGCCGCCUUGUUCAAAUACUCUGCACCUGAAGAGGUUAUGACUUUUCCAUCAACAUGUGGAGCAUGUGGAGCUAGAUGUGAGACCAGAAUGUUUGUCACAAAAAUUCCAUACUUCCAAGAAGUCAUUGUGAUGGCAUCAACUUGUGAUAGUUGUGGUUAUCGUAGUUCCGAGUUGAAACCAGGUGGGAAGAUUCCUGAGAAGGGAAAGCGGAUUACUGUGCGUGUCUUGAACACUGAAGAUGUUUGCCGUGAUGUGAUAAAGUCAGAUACUGCGAGCAUUAAAGUUCCUGAACUUGACUUGGAACUUGCAAGUGGCACCCUUGGUGGGCUUGUUACGACUGUUGAAGGUCUGAUGACUAAAAUUAGAGAAAAUCUUGAAAGAGUACAUGGGUUCACUUUAGGGGAUAGCGUUGACAACUGGAAGAAAACCAAAUGGCAAGAUUUCAAUUCAAGGCUGGAUCAGUUUUUGAAGGUUGAGAAACCAUGGACUUUGAUAGUUGAUGAUGCACUGGCCAAUUCUUUUGUGGCUCCCAUAACUGAUGCUAUAGAAGACGAUCAUCAGCUGACCUUCGAGGAAUAUGAGAGAUCAUGGGAGCAGAAUGAGGAGCUUGGUCUGAAUGAUAUGGACACAUCUUCUGCAGAUGUGUCUUAUACUUGUUGAAGAUGUCAGUCGGUGUAGCUUAAUUAUGAUUUGAUCGAUAAAAAUGUUGCAAUUUGAUAUUUAUUAUAUUAACUUUAUUUAGGGAAUUAUUUGAUUACACUGAACAUAGGUGCCAAAAUAUUCAUUUUGUAGUGGAAGUCGUGUAUAGUGCGAUUUGAGUUCUGCCUCCAA